AGUGGCCGAAUCGCCAGUACGACGUAGAUGAUACUGCACACCAACGCAUAUCAACACCACGACUUCACCAACACCCAGUCUGCUGGCAGAAGACAGGAAAUUGGACGAAAUACGGGUGGUCUUUGUGAAAUAAAAACACAAAAAGGUUUAAUAGUGAAGGACCGAGUCAUCUAGAAAGUUUGUGCUCUUUUUUCCGGGCGUUUUUGCGUGAAGUCUUGGAACAGAUAGGAUUUCACGCUUUCCUACUCGUUCCCGACGUUAAUAACCGUGUAGUUCAGUUUAGAACUCUGUAGAGAGUUGUUUUCUUUUACAAGAACGGGUUAAGCGCGUGUUUAAGAAAAGAUUUGUCUUUUUGUUCGUCAUACACGACAAGGUUGCCUGGCAUCAUGAGUAACAAGGAAUUGCGGAACGAAGCACUCAGUGCUGGUCUCGUUCCGCCCACAUUCAAUGAUUUGCUCGUUCCCGUCGAUAGCAGCUCUUCAAAGAAAAAAAAGAAGAAGAAGAAAAAAAAAUCGAAAGCCAAGAAGGCUGUUGCUGCUGCCGCCGCUGCGGUAGCAGAUGAAGACGGAGCUGUCUCGCCGUCAGCGUUGGGAAAUGCUAACGGAGAUACUGGAGUUGACCUGCUUGUCGAUAACAGUGAUGCUCUGCCAGACAUCACUGCCUACAAGGUUGGAGAGGGCAUGAUUGGAGAGUUGGGUGGUAUUACGUCGAACAACUGGCAAUUUACCAUCGACGCCGACAAGCUGAAUGGCGCUCCAGACAUGUUGGAUUCUUCGGAAAUUGUUGACACCGCUGAGUUUCCUAUUCAGUUACCAGGAGGCGUACUUGACGACGGGCCAGCAGGUUCACAAUUGACUACUUCUUCUACCAAAAAGAAGAAGAAGAAGAAGAAGAAGUCAAAGGGUGCACAGAAAGAAGGUUACGGGGCUUCGGAUUCGUACGAAGUGCCUUCCCAUCGACAACCAAUCCACAAUCAAUUAGCAUAUCCAUCGAGGAAUACGUCAAAUGCUCUUAUCAAUUGGAAACCCAAAGACAAGAUUUGGAGCACUUCCAGCACAGAAGAGCGAGAACGAAUUCGGGAAUUUUGGCUUUCACUCACAGAAGAUGAGCGGCGUUCGCUUGUAAAAGUCGAAAAGGAGGCUGUAUUGCAGAAGAUGAAAGAGCAACAGAGGUACUCCUGUUCGUGUUCCGUUUGUGGUCGGAAAAGAAUGGCGAUUGAGGAUGAACUGGAGGUGCUGUAUGAUGCUUACUAUGAAGAGCUAGAACAGUACGCCAAUAUCCAACGCAACAAGGCUGCAGCUGCGGCCGCUGGUGUCGCUAUGGGUACGACUGUUGCCGCUAUUGCUGGCGGCCACUCUUUAGGUGUUGUAAACGAAGCCAUCUCAAGAGAUGCGGUUGAAAAUCCAUUUGGAGACUAUGCAAGUCAAAUUCAAUCCGUUCGACAAACCACUUCAACAGUGACCAUUGCUUCCGAGAUGACGUCUGAAGCCCUCCAAGAAGCUGUUGCUAAGGCUGAAGCUGCUGCUGAGUCCUCAACUUCCAACAAUGACGCCUCUUCUUCGACUACGGAAUCGUCGCUUGCCCAGGAGACAGAAUCAGCAUCGUCGACGGAACCAACUUCGGCUACAAUGGCGGAUGUGUCUCAAAAAACCAUAUCUACUCGUCCUGUGGUGCGACAUCACAACGAUAUGCUCCACACAGCAUCACACACAGAACACAAUGCCCAUCAUCAUGAUUCUCGGCAUACCGGUUUCUCCACCGAUCUAUACAAUUUUGGUAGUAGCCUUACGGUGAAGGGGGGAAUAUUAACGGUAGCUGAUGACUUAUUAAAAAAUGAUGGACGGAAAUUCAUUGAGAUGAUGGAGCAUCUGGCUGAACGUCGAAUUCAACGGGAAGAUAACUCUAUGCUUGAACCAAAAGACGAAUAUGAUGAAGAGGAGGGGGAUCUAGACGAAGAACUGGAGGAUGAAAAUGACGAGUAUGAUGACAUGGAAGACGAAGCUGAUAUGAUGACUGAAGAGCAGCGUAUGGAGGAAGGCCGACGCAUGUUCCAGAUAUUUGCAGCUCGACUUUUUGAGCAACGCGUGUUCCAAGCAUAUCGCGAGAAGGUCGCCCGGGAACGUCAAGCAAAACUUUUGGAAGAGCUUGACGAAGAGAACAGAAGGGCUCAAGAGCGUGAGCUUAAGAAAGCGCGCGAGAAGGAGAAAAAGAAAGGCAAGAAACGACAACUGAAACAGCAAAAAGAGGAAGAACGUCAACGCCGUGAGGCCGAGCGUCUAGCCGAAGAAGUUGCUCGUCGUGAGCAGGAGCAGAAGAAGGCUGAGGAGGCUCGCAAACGUAAGGAAGAACUCCGUAUAAAACGGGAGGAAGAGAGGAAAGCUCAAGAGGAAGAACGUCGUCUUCGUGAAGAGCAGAAACGUUUAGCACAAGAGGAGAAACAACGCGAGAAAGAACGCGAAAAGCAACGGAAGAAGGAACAGGCUAAGAUUCGUGAACGUAAACGUUUGGAAGAAGAGCAACUGCGUCAGAAGAAAAAGAAAGAGGAGGAAGCUCUUCGUCGAGAGCAGGAAGCCCUGGAAGCUGAAAGAAAACUGAAAGAAGCCGAAGAGGUUCGCGGACUUGAGCAACAACAAGAACGAGAACAUGAUCAGAAGCUUCGUGAGGCAAAAAUCGCUGCAUUUUUUGCUGACGGAAGACCUCCUACAGAGCCUGUUUCUUCACAGACGACUCACGCACACACUUCUGUUGCUUCAUCGGCUUCUCCUAGUACACCCUUACCAUCUCUUUACUCUCCUCCUUACGCUACUCAGAAAACCUUCCUACAUUCGGCACAUCCUCUAAAAACUGCUGCUCCACUUCUUAAUAAUCUUACUCGACUCCCCUCCUUCAGCACGAAUGCUUCUGAUCUGCUUUCAAAUCGGUCUAUGAUUCAGAGUAAUGGCGACAUGGGUACGCUGAAGUUGGGCAAUGGAUUUGCUUCAUCCCCACUUCUGUUGAAUAAUGGCGGUGUCGAUGUCCGUUCGUCGCCUUUGCGUGAUGGUUUGGGUUGUUCUAUUCCCUCGUUGCAUGGAUCGUCAGCGAGCGCAUUAUUGCCCAAUGGUACGCUUGGUAGCUUGGAAGCUCAACCUACUCGGCCCUUGUCAACCGCUCCACCAGGUCUUCCAUUUCCAGCUGCGGGCCCCUUGGCUCUUAACAGGUCGCUUUUCAGUACUCCUUCCCACUGGCAGGCUGGUAACGUAAAACCGGAAACGCCCACAGAGGGUGAGCCUUUUUCGUUGCAUACCUCAAAGCCAGCUCCCAUUCAACGGCCUUCUUCCAGUACUCAACACCUUCUUACAAAAAAGAAGCACGAUCAAAGGAAAAUGAAGGAAGAAAAGCCUAUGGGCAGCAAAGCCUUGUUAGACAAUGAUGAGGAGGGCUCAGAAACCAUUAUUCCCUUUGCACGCUCUGGAAACGAAAGUGCACUGAAUAUUAAUACAACUGGUAGUACUUUUGGAACACUGUCCAACACGACCUUAAACUCUUUGAGUAGGAAUCAAGCAUAUCCCGCCUCCUCCACAUUUAAUCCUUGGACUUCUCCAUUUACCUCCCCGUUUUCCGUAUCGUUGCAAAACUCUACAAGUUCCCUUCCCGGUUCAAGCAUAUGGUCCAACAACUCUAACGUAAAGUCUGUUGCGACAGAGCUGAAACCGAGCUAACCCGGGAGAACGGUACCUUUGCAUUGAUGUAGAAAAGCAUACGUGCCGUCUGCAUUGUUUUUCUUUCCCUCUCUUUCUCUCUCUCUCUCUCUCUCUCUCGUUCUGCCACAUCAUACAUCUCCGCUAUCCUCAUCCUCAUUCCAUUUUCUACUUUUUUUUUUGUUUUUUUUUUGUCUACUCUCUUUUUCAUGUUGUAUUUAGUGAAUCAUGUUGGCGCAGGAAGCUGCAUUAUUCGGUUAGGGUGUUUUAGGAAAACAAAUAACAUGUUCUUAGGGUGCUUUCGACAAGGUUUUAUUGGUGUUGUUUGUUGUAAAUUCGUCCAC